AUGACGAAAGCGCGGGACGAGAAGCCUGGAAAGGGCCUCAACGAGAAUCAAUUCCCGUUCUACCUCAUUCGGUGGGGCCGUGUCGUUACAGAUGAGUCCCACACACUGCGCAACCCGCAGGGUAAGAAGGCCACGGCGUACUGCGCGCUUAGGAAACGUGCGGGUCUUGCGCUGACGGCGACCCCCGUCCAGAACUACCCGUGCGACUUGUACGCGCAACUCAAGUUCUUAGGCCGAGACUACAAGAACCUUGUUAAAAUGAAAGACUUUCACGAGGUGUGUCAGCGGGAAUACCAGGCGCAGGGAUCUAGAGUCAGUUUCAACAGUCUCAAGAUUUAUUCGCAGGAUGUACUCUUAGAGUGCGUGAUCCACAGACCCAAGAUCUCGAGCAGCGGUAAGCCGUGCCUCAGCCUGCCUGGCCGUCAAGACCACGAGCUACACCGUAUUAACCUCUCCGACGGAGAGGAGGAGUUCUAUCGCUAUGUUCUGGAGAAGCACCGGCAUAAUGGCGCCCUUGCGGAGCUGAUUAGGCUGCAACAGGCUCUUUCUGAUCGGUGCGCUGCGGUGUGUGUCGACCCGAGGCUGAUGCUCGAGAAGUUGCCGCCUGACGAGGGAGAGCUCGCGGAGGGAGCCCAGGACGAGGACGUGGAGCGCAUCGCAGCAGAGGUCUCCCGGAUUGGUCGUCUUCCUACUGAUGCCCGAGGACAAGACGCAGCAUCGGAUGUACUCGUCGCUGGAGAGCUGCCUCUGUCGAUUAAGCACCUCGCUUAUCUCUUCGAUGAGAGCUAUAUCCCGACGACCAUCCAGACGGUGCUGGACAUACUCGAGAAGAUCAGCGUCCGCUCCGGCGGGGCGGACAAGACGAUCAUUUACUCACCAGUCUACUUUCGGGGCCCGCUCAAGACGUUGAGCGCUCAUCUGACCUCCAUAGGUGUCGGGAACGCCGUCUACCAUGGGGACACAAAGCCACAGGAGCGCACGGCGGCUCUGCACUGCGCCGCCACGGAUGACAGCUGCAGGGUUCUGCUCAUGACCAUCCAGAGUGGCGGGACCGGCCUAAACAUUACGGCGUGCAACAACGUCGUAUUUCUUGAGCCGUGGUGGAAUCCGUACCUCGAGGCGAAGCUCACUGUUUAUCCUAGGAACAAGCUGUCGGGCGCGUCUACCGCAUAG